GGGUCAGCCGGAAGUGGGGGCCGCCAGGCGCGAGGGGGACGCGGAGGCGCACGUGGCUCCCAGGCCCGAUGGGCAAACAGCAGCCGGCGCCGCGGCGGCGGGCGGGGCCGGGUCCUUCGGGCCGCGGCGUUCGGGGGGAGCCGCGCAAGGGCAGCCAAGAGAAGAAGAAAACCAACUCAAAGCCCAAACAUGUUGAUGAGCAGGAAAUUCCCUAUCGGCUUCGGGAACUCAUUAAGAGCAGAGAAGAGAUGAAAAACCCCAAGAACAGGAAGAGAAGGAAAGCAGCGAGCAAAAGGAAGCCUGCGGCCCAGGGUGAUAUUCCCGUGCCCAAGUUCAAGAGGCGGAAGCAAGAGUCGGUGUCGGCUUACGUCCAGCGCAUGGAGCAGGAGACCCAGCACGUCCUGUUUCUCACCAAAAACCAGCUGCAGCGCGAGCCUGAGACGGAGGAGCCGGCCCCGGAGAAGUCACAGAAGAAGAAGGAAUUUCAGAAUAAACGACUGGAGAAAAUGCGAAAGAAGAGAGAGGAGAAGAAAGCAGCGAUGCUGGAGAAGGCCUUGUUCCAAGAUCCAGUCCAGUUUGGCGAGGUCGCCAUGCAGCCGCCAGUGCUUACCGUGAAGCCCAGAAACGGGGUGAACAAAGAGAAGGCUCGUCCGAGGCAGCUCCUGCUGACGGCUCUCCUGGCUCCUGGCCACGCGGCUCCUGCCCGCAAAGCUGUCCCCAUGUCCCUCGCUCGCCAGCGCAUCAUGGAGGAGGAGCGGGAGCGGGUCAUCCAGGCCUACAGGAACCUAAAGAAACGCAGACAGCAGCAGGCGCCCGAGAGCUGCUUCGCAGGGGACAAGCAGGAGAAGCUAGUCUGAGGCCUCGGGCAGCCAGUGCCUUCCUGGGGAGGAGAUGCGGCUUUGGUCUCUCAGUACCUGUGGGGAUGCUGAUGUGGUGAGAGGUGUCCUCAGGUGCUCCAGGGAUCUGCUGUAGGGGGAGGAGCCCUCCCCAGUCUGUCUGACUGAGUCACCAGGACACAGGCCCAGGAGGGCAGGAUCUCUCAGCCCCUCCCUCAGUGUGUGGAG